AUGCUAAUUGUCCCAAGCUCCGAGAAGAGCAAUUUCCAGUUUAUUUUGCGACUCCUCAACACCAAUGUCGAGGGAAAGCAAAAGGUCAUGUACGCGCUCACCAAGAUAAAGGGUGUGGGACGCCGUUACAGCAACUUGGUCUGCAAGAAAGCCGAUGUCGAUCUCAACAAGCGUGCCGGUGAACUUACCUCAGAAGAGCUGGAGCGAAUCGUCACCAUCAUCCAAAACCCAACCCAGUACAAGAUCCCAACCUGGUUUCUCAAUCGUCAACGCGAUAUCGUUGAUGGCAAAGACUCGCAGGUCCUCGCCAACGCUGUCGACUCCAAGCUCCGUGAUGAUCUGGAACGCCUGAAGAAGAUCCGUGCUCAUCGUGGUCUCCGUCACUACUGGGGUCUCCGUGUCCGUGGACAGCACUCCAAGACUACCGGUCGCAGAGGUCGUACUGUUGGUGUGUCCAAGAAGAAGGGUGGUUAA